CUGACUGUCCUUACCUUGGACUCUUCAGGGUCCGAUAAGGAAGCAGGAUUGCUGGAAGCGUGUCCUGCAGCUUCGUCCCUCCUACUUAUCCCAUGUGGUGGUAGGGAGCUCAAGGCCCCCGCAGCUGGAUGGCCGUUGCACCCACACCAACGCUCCAGUCGCCAGCAUAGCGGACUUUCUUACCUGCACCAAUCCUAGAGCGGCAACCUAUGACGCUGCCCGGCAGCAGAAGCGCUCCAUCAGACCACACCUCUGCGAUUGUUGACGAAGGUUUUUUGCUACAGCCCCUGGCCGCAGGACCCGCAAUCGGGAGGGACUCCACGCGGCCGCUUGCCGAACCUUCUGCGGCCCCUCUCUACACCCGUGACACGGGGGUGUCAUCGCCAUCGCACAACAGGGCCGAGCCUGGACCUGGACGUGCCGAUUCCAAUGGCCGCGGACGAACGUCGACAGUGGCCCCGGCUGAUCAGAGCAUGCGCGCAGCCGCAGCCGAACAUAUGAGCGAGGAGCUUCUCCCGACGCGCUCGGCGGACGGCUCCGGGAGCCCCUCGUACGGCUCCAUCACCCCGCGUCCAUCGGAUGAGAGCGCCGAUGAGGAAUCUGCCCGUUCCUCCGUGAAGGCUCGGACAGUCUCGGAUGCGAGCGGGCACUCGCUGGGCCGAACGGGGAUGAGACGACGCCGGGACAGCAGCUCCCAGCCCAGGUCACCGGGGCAAAGAUGGGUAGUGAGGAAGUCCGAAGAGAGCCUCGGGCAUGCAACCACCAUCGGCGGGCUUGAGAGCCGCUUCGGCACCACGGACACCUCGUUGUUAAACGACCUCGCCGAUCCUCCGGAGGUGUCAGGGGACGAAGACGGUAGAUCUUACGUCUCCGAUUCGGAUGUCGUCGAGGAGGAAGACCCGCCGGACAACUCGCCGUACGCCCAGGUCCGAGCCUCCGUCUCGUCCACUGACAACACUAGCCUCUCUAUCAACACCCCCCGGAUGUGGGCCCUGUCGAUACUCUUCUCCAUUCUCGGCUCUUCGACCAACUUGUUUUUCGCUCUGAGAUACCCCAGUGUUGCAAUCACGCCAGUCAUAGCAUUGCUAAUGGUCCACCCCCUCGGUCUGCUGUGGGACUACCUUCUCAAACGGCCAAACGACCCGCCGGAGGAGUACAUCGACGGGUUCCGGGCCGACAGCACCACGCCUAGCAGCACAGGGUCGGUGUCGCAUUUUGUUCCUCUGGAGGACAGGAGCAGGCUCGAUCGACUGCGGCUGUGGCUUGCUCAAGGCCGCUGGAACGAGAAGGAGCACAGCUGCGUCUAUGUGAGCAGCAAUGUCUCGUUCGGGUUCGCGUUUGCGACCGAUGUCAUCGUCGAGCAGACGCAGUUCUACAAGCAGGAAGCCAGCAUCGCCUACCAGCUCCUGCUCACGCUGUCGACCCAGAUCCUGGGCUACACGUUUGCCGGCCUCACGCGGCGCUUCCUGGUCCGGCCCAGUGGCAUGAUAUGGCCGGGCACGCUCAUGUCGGCCGCGAUGUUCACCACGCUCCACAAGGAGGAGAACAAGGAGGCGGACGGCUGGCGGGUCAGCAGGUGGCGCUUCUUCUACGCCGUGUGGCUGGGCGCCUUCCUCUUCUACUUCCUGCCUGGCCUGCUGAUGCCGGCGCUGAGCUACUUCAACGUGGUCACCUGGUUGGCGCCCGACAAUGUGGUGGUCGCCAACCUGUUCGGCGUCGUCUCGGGGCUGGGCCUGUUGCCGCUGACGUUCGACUGGGCGCAGGUGGCGUACAUCGGGUCCCCUCUGCUCACCCCUUUCUGGGCGGCUAUGAACGUCGUCGGGGGCCUCGUGGUGGUGAUGUGGAUCGUGGCCCCGAUUGCCUACUACAGCAACUGGCUGUAUUCGUCGUACAUGCCCAUCCUGUCGGCAGCCGUCUUCGACAACACGGGAAACGUCUACGAUGUCAGCAAGGUCCUGACCAAAGACUUCUUGUUCGACCGGGAGGCGUACUCGCAGUACAGCAGGGUGUUCCUCCCCAUCACGUACGUGCUGAGCUAUGCGGUGCAGUUUGCCGGGCUGGCGUCUCUCGUGACCCACACCGUCUGUUGGCACGGCAGGGACAUCUGGACGCAGUGGAAGCGGUCGUUGGAGGAGUCGGCGGGGGAGUCGAAGGGUGGGUACCAGCCGGUAUCCGAGUCGAGCGAAGGGCCAGCCGGGGCUUCGAAUGGGCGGCGGCCACGAGCGACCAGAGCGUCCCAGAGCUUCGACAACCUCAUGAGCCGCGAGGAUGUCCACAACCGUCUGAUGAGGCGGUACAAGGACGCGCCUAUGCUGUGGUACUUGAUGACAUUCGUUUCUAUGACAGCGAUCGGCAUCUUUGUCGUGGAAUACUACCCCGUCCACCUCCCCUGGUAUGGCCUCCUCCUGGCCCUCGGCAUCUGCACCGUGCUCUUCAUCCCGAUCGGCAUCAUCAUGGCCGUGACCAACCAGCACUCCUCCAUCUACCUGAUCUGCCAGCUGAUCGCCGGCAUGCUCUUCCCCGGCCGGCCCGUCGCCAACAUGGUCUUCGUCACGUACGGCUACAUCUCGUCGGCGCAGGGCAUCAAGUUCGCCGCCGACCUCAAGCUGGGCCACUACAUGAAGAUCCCGCCGCGCAUUCUGUUCGCCGUGCAGAUCGUCGCGACCGUCAUCUCGUCGGUCACGCAGAUCGCCAUCCUCAACUGGAUGUUCGCCCACAUCCCGGGCCUCUGCACGCCCGACGCCAUCAACGGCUUCACCUGCCCCAUCGCCCGCGUGCACUUCAACGGCUCCAUCCUCUGGGGCGUCGUCGGCCCCGCCGAGUUCUUCGGGCCCGGCGCCACCUAUCGCCCCCUGGUCUGGGCCUUCGCCGUCGGCGCCGUGCUGCCCAUCCCGCUCUGGCUGUACGCCCGCCGCCGCAGGGACAGCCUCGUGCGCAAGAUCAACCUGCCCGUGCUCUUCGGCUCGCUGGGCUGGAUCCCGCCCGCCACGGGGCUGAACUUCUCGGUCUGGGCCGUCGUCUGCUACGUGUUCAACUACCUCGUCAAGCGCAGGGCGCCGAGGUGGUGGGCGAAAUACACCAUGACGCUGAGCGCGGCGCUGGAUUCCGGCUUGGCGUUCGGCAUUGUCGUGGUCUUCUUUGGGUUUGUCUACCCGGGCCUGAUGAAGGGCUUUAGCUGGUGGGGCACCGAGGUGUAUAAACGCGGGUGUGACUGGCGGGCGUGUGCGUAUCGGAGCGUGCCGGAGAGGGGAAGGUUUGGGCCUGAGGUUUGGUAACUACUAGUAGUAGGUAUCCCAUUUAUCUAUCUACUGUAGAGUCCGGAAUGGGGCGCGUGGCAAGAGCGCAGGUGGUCUGUACGGUACAUACUUCU